AUGCCAGUGAAAUGUUGUUUCUACAGGUCACCAACCACAGAGACAAUGGCAUGGUCUGAAAAUAUGGACACACUUUUAGCCAAUGAAGAGGGUCUAGAUGCUUUUCGAACAUUUCUAAAAUCUGAGUUUAGUGAAGAAAAUGUUGAGUUCUGGCUUGCCUGUGAAGACUUCAAGAAAACAGAAAAUGCAGAAAAAAUUGCUUCCAAAGCCAAGAUGAUUUACUCUGAAUUCAUUGAAGCUGAUGCACCUAAAGAGAUUAACAUUGACUUCAGUACCAGGGACCUCAUCUCAAAGAACAUUGCUGAACCAACUCUCAAAUGCUUUGAUGAGGCUCAGAAAUUAAUCUAUAGUCUUAUGGCCAAGGAUUCUUUUCCUCGAUUUCUAAAGUCAGAGAUUUACAAGCAAUUGGUAAAUAGCCAACAGGUUGGAAAUCAUAAAAAAUGGCUCCCUUUCUUGUGA